AUGGCUGGUGAUAGUGAUUCCGACAUUAGUGGUGAAAAACCCAUCACCAACUACUCCGACGUUAGCCAAAAUGAAAAGCAGCAAAGACAACAACAGCAGCAGCACAAUAAUGGUGCUCUUUUCGAAACUUCAAACUCGUCCACUAGCGACUCGCUAAACCCACCACCAAAGGAACAAUUCGAGGACUCGGAGUCAUUGCAAUCAGAAACUGAGCGUGCUGAUGGUGAACACGGUAAUAUUUUGGCCCAAUACACUGAAAAACAAGUUAUGGCCAUGGGAAGAAACUAUGCUACAAAAUUUAAUUUGGAUGCCGAUUUGUUUGCACGUGCAGCAGCUUUAGCUAGAGCACCAAAUGCAUUCAACUCGAUGCCAUUUUUAACCGAUGAAGAAAAAUCAGGAUUAUAUUUGGAGGCCACCAAGAAAUGGCAUAUCCCCAUGAAAUUGGUUGCCGUUAUUGCUGUAGGAUCUAUGGCUGCUGCUGUGCAAGGUAUGGAUGAAUCAGUUGUUAAUGGUGCCACUUUGUUUUACCCAAAGGCUUUUGGUGUUACUGAAAUGAAGAAUGCUGACUUGAUUGAAGGUUUGGUCAACUCAGCUCCAUACUUGUGUGCUUCUUGUAUUGCCUGUUGGAUGACUGAUUUGUUCAAUCGUCACUUGGGAAGAAAGUGGACCAUUUUCUGGACUUGUGCCAUUUCAGCAGCUACUUGUAUUUGGCAAGGUUUUGUCAAUAACUGGUGGCAUUUGUUUAUUGCGAGAUUCUUUUUGGGAUUUGGUAUUGGUAUAAAAUCGGCAACUGUUCCAUCAUAUGCUGCUGAAUGUACACCGAAACAUAUUCGUGGUUCCUUGGUUAUGUUGUGGCAAUUUUUCACUGCGGUUGGUAUUAUGUUUGGUUAUGUUACUACUUUGGCAUUCUACUAUGUUCCAAAAAAGAGCUUUGGAACUGGUUUGAACUGGAGAUUAAUGUUGGGAAGUGCUUGUAUCCCAGCCAUUAUUGUUUUGUUUCAAGUGCCAUUUGUACCUGAAUCACCUCGUUGGUUGAUGGGUCAAGACAGACAUCACGAUGCAUUUGAAAGUUUGGAACAAUUGAGAUACGAACCAAUCGCAGCUGCUAGAGAUUGUUUCUACCAAUACGUUUUGUUAAAAGAAGAAGGUUCUUACAAGAUUCCAACUUGGAAAAGAAUUAUUGAAAUGUUCACCAUUAGAAGGAACAGGAAUGGUGCAAUUGCUGCUUGGAUCGUCAUGUUUAUGCAACAAUUUUGUGGUAUCAACGUUAUUGCUUACUACUCAUCUUCCAUUUUCAUCGAAGCCAAUUUGAGUGAAAUCAAGGCCAUGUUGGCAUCAUGGGGUUUUGGUAUGAUCAAUUUCAUUUUUGCAAUUCCGGCAUUCUUGACAAUUGAUAGAUUUGGUAGAAGGAACUUGUUGCUUUUUGCAUUCCCCCUUAUGUGUGCAUUUUUAUUGGUUGCCGGUUUCGGAUUCUUGAUUCAUGAUAAUAGGGGACAAUUGGGAAUGGUGACGACGGGUAUUUAUUUAUUCUCGUGUGUUUAUUCUUCCUCAGAAGGACCUGUUCCAUUUACAUACUCAGCAGAAGCUUUCCCAUUGUAUAUUAGAGAUUUGGGAAUGUCAUGGGCAACGGCAACAUGUUGGUUCUGGAAUUUUAUCUUGGCAUUCACCUGGCCACGUUUGAGGUCGGCAUUUACGCCUACAGGUGCUUUUGGCUGGUAUGCUGCUUGGAACGGUAUCGGGUUCUUCCUUGUCUUGUGGUUCUUGCCUGAAACCAAAGGAUUGACAUUGGAAGAGUUGGACGAUGUUUUCGCUGUGCCAAUGUAUACCCAUGCCGUUUACAGAACCAGAACUUUCCUCAGAGGUAUACAAAUUCACGUGUUGCGUCGCAAGAAUGUUCCUGAAAUUCCACCAAUUUAUAACCAUCAAAGAAUGGCUGUUACAAACGAAGAGUGGAACGACAAGGCAGAAGUUUCUCACGUCGAGUAA